CACGCUCUAAUCAAUAAGAGCAAAGUAGUGGUUUUCAGUUCGCGUGAAAAUUGUCUGCAAUUUUCCUGUUUUUAUUUACUAGUAACUCUGAUCGUUGCCAACAAUUACAGUUUUACUCGAAAGUUGUUGUGUAGGUUUUGCGAGGUGCAGUUUGAUGUCAGCGAUGACUCAGCUCGAAACUCAGCGUCGGAACUCAGCUAUAGCCGGCUAGAAUGCUCAAUUGAUCACGCAUGCCAUGACUCUUCACCACUCUUUAAAUCAUCUUCAGAGCGGUUUGCUUGCUUUUUUAGUUAGUAGCUUUUGCUUCAUGUGAUUGAUUAAAGCCCAAGAGCUCACAGGGAAACAUUGAGUUAGCAUGACAAAGCGGUUUUGGUCAAUUGCGCAUUAAAUCUUAAAAAUAGUAUCCCCUGAAAUAUCUUAAAUAAAAUUCAUUGUCGUUGUUACGAUAGUUAAAGACAAAUUUUGAGCAGGUGAGAAAACGAACGAAGUUAUCAAAUUUUCCAAUGUAUUUAUGUCCAAACGGUCACUGUCUUUUAUUGUUUUUUAACUUGCAUUAGCAGUCAUUGAUUUGAUAUUUUGACACUCUCAAGCCAGUUUUGCUGUUCCCUGUUCCGUUAUUGCUUAGAAGUAGAUUGCAACCUUUAUUUUCCACCUUUUCUCCUUCAAUUUGAAAUUUAAAUUGCGCCCUAAUUUUCCUCUCAACCUUCUUAAAUCGUUACUGUUUAGAAGCAAGAUAUUUUUUUACAGGACCACAUUUUACUUCCUUGCCUUAUUUUGCUAUUUACGUUGAUUUUCUUUAAUUUGGAUUUAAUGGUAUCUAGUUAUCCAGCCAAAGUUUUAUUUGAAAUACGUAUUUCCUCUCAAAACCCUGUGUUUUUGUGCUAAUAGAUUUGCAUUGCAUGAUGAGUUUCUGAGCAAGUUUUUCGCAUAUUAAACUUUAUUUCUUUAAUAAUUUUCAAAAGCUUCUAACGACGGCAGGUCGACGCGCCAGCGAUCCUCGCAAAACUAUCGACGUUCUGAAAAUGAAAAUAUUUUUAGCUGAUUAUUAUUAUUACUCAUUUUCGCGUGUGUAUUAAAAGGCGGGUGGGUGAGCAGACGUUCGGACGCUUUUACGCAGUGUUCGUUAAUCAUUUAGAAAACACAGGUGGAUAUACUUGAUGAAAAUUGUGUGAAGGAAAAUGGCUUCGAAAGUUAUCGCUAAAUUGCCUGUAGCACCUUUUGGGCAGGAAGUUCAAAGAAGCGAUGAUGAGGCCUCCAGAGCACCGGAACAAGUUCGCUUGGAGCAAAAUAUCCGAUUUUUGCAAGAUCAACACCAGCUAAUGCUGGCAGGAUUACAUGGGGAGAUUGAGAAGUUAAAAGCCCGAAAUCGAGAUCUUCAAUUUCAACUAAUCUUUGGCAAGCCGCCUACUGCUUCAACCCCAGCAUCCAGUUCCCCAUCUCCCUCAUCCCCCGAGGAGGAGACUAGGAGUAAGCUGUAUACAAGCCCUCAAAGUGUUACCAACAGCACUCCAUUGCAAAUCGAGCUACUGGAGAAGGAACUGGGAGAACUAAAGAUUCAAAUGCAAGAGCAAGAAAGCCGAAACCUUUACCUUUCAGCCAUAGUAGACGAACAAAAAAAAAAACUCGAACGCUACGACCGCCGCGUGGAAAAAGAGCAACAACGCACUGGCGGCGCAGGAGACCCGGAAGCUGAACUGCGACGCAAAUUGGAGGACGCAGAUGCAGUUGUGCGACUUCUGCGUCGAGAGAACUCCGAUCUGCGCAGAGAAAAUCAGGGAAUGAGCGAAGCGGCUGUGCAUAUUCCCCAAGUUGCGCACAGUCAUCAACACAAUCGGGAAAACGGUUUUCAGUCUCCUCGAGGACAAGGCCAUAGAGGAGGCAGUGGAAGAGGACAUCGUUCCAACAAUGGACACAAUAGUCAUUACAACAAUCGAGGAGGAUGGUUUCCGCCGCUUCAUCAGCAGAAUUUUUGGCAAGGAGGAAGGACACAGCAACACGAACGCCAGAACAACGGGACGCAAGAUCAGGUUUCAAAUUUGCCCGAUAUUCCCUUAAAUGAAGGCUGUUCAGUUCCGCAACAGUACCAUGGGCCAGGCAGAAAAAACUCCAACAACAACCACUAUCACAAUGGUGACGGGAAGAAGUAUAGAAAGGGCCACCACAAAGGAAAUAAACCGUCUUAAUAUUUCCCGGGUUUCGUAGAGUUUGCAUCAUUCAAUGGUUUUCUUUCUAAAAAGCCUGAACGCAACCAAAUCUCCUUUCGGGCUGCCAAAGAUUCGCUCAAAAUGCUCCCAUCAAGCUGUUUACUCACAACAAAUUGACUGAUUCUUCGAGCACUUUGAAUGAAAACGAAAUAUGUGCUACUUAUAGUAACCCUUAGGCAUGGCUAUUGAUGUUACCACAUAUUUGCCCUGGGAGGAUUCCUUAGAGCAAUGAAAGACAGUAACAUUCAGCUAGAUCUUUCGUGAAAAUCCCACGCGUGCAGUCGAAUUGUGAAAGGAAUCCUGGAGGAAAACGUACAGGUCUUAAACAGCAAUACUAGGAUAAACAUUAUAAGGUGGCUUUUAUUAGAAACCUUGCUACCAGCCUGAAUAAUUAGUUAAAACCACAAAAAAUAUAUAUUUUCUCGAAAUUACUUGGAAUGUUAUGCCAAUGGCAGCCCAUACAAAGUUAGGAAAUUCUAUUCGAAAGAAAAAUUUGCUCUUUAAAAUAUUAGGCAAAGAUUCAUGUACCGAGUGACUUGAAUUCGAACGCAUGUGAACAGAAUUUUCAAAAUUUCAACAUGUUUGCUGUCUUCUUUUCGGAUCAUUUUAAUUAGUUGAAAUAAAAUGUAGAAUUCAAUUUAUUUUUGUCUUCAACUAAUAACUUUAAUGUAUAUUUAGAUAAACUCUGUUAAUUUUCAGCUGCAGUAGUUUCGAAUUUAGUGCACUCGACAGAACGGUAAAAUUUAAAUACAUGUUAUAUAUUUGUUGAACAAAAUUUUAACACGUGAUAUAUAGAUGCUUUGCCAAGACUGUAACGUUUAAAUAUUUUUAGAAUUGCUACCUUACGGGUUUUAAUCAAUUUUUAUAUUGGACUUUUCAAGCGCCUACCUGCACUGAUUUUACUUAAUAGUAUUUGAAGAAUGAAAUAAUUUCAUUUAUUUUUGCUGAACUGACUGAUAUUGAAUAUUCUAACAAUAGCACAGCUUGUUGACAACAUUAAAACCAAAUUAUAUACCAGAUGAGCCAUUAAAGUUUUUCAUGUUCUAAUAAUCUAUCCAAAGAUAAUAGAUUAGAAAAAUUCCAUACAUCUACGCAAUUUAAGAUAGAAUAUCCAAGCUUAAGGCUUUCAUCGAGCAUUUGGCAUAUAAUCAAAUAUACUGGGUGUGCAGAAAAUACCAUAACUAUCCAAUAAGCUUAAAGUCUAGAAAAUUGACCAUUUAACCAAUAUGUCCUAGAAAUAUCCUACCGUUUGGAAAUAAUACAUUUUGUUUCCAGAACGCUCAGAUCACUUCCCAUAUAUCGAAUUUACAUACUUUCAUAUGUUAUGGCUUAUUUAAAUUCAAUUGUUCCUUUAAUAAGCAACCCCAUUUAUCAAUCUUGAUUACUAAAUGUCUAGGUACUUGUUGUUAGCUUCCGGAAAUAAAUAAUAUUUAUUCAAUGAUAUUAUAUAUCGAUGUUUUACCUAACUUACUAAACAUGUGUACCUAAGGUUAAUUUUUGUCUCAAUUGAACGAGUGCGGUUUAAACGAUCGCUGAUAGCUACGGUAAGUCGGCAACUUAAAGGAAAAAGCAAAAGAUGAGGCAAAAAUUAAUAAGACAAACUUUCAAACUCUAUUUAAAAAUCUAUAUAGAAAUAUUGCAUGUAUUAUUGAUUGUGUGAUAGAUAACUACUGAAAAAUUAAUUUUACUGGGACUAUUUAUGACUAUUAACUAGAUAUACUUGCGUUGGGUACUUUGAUAAUAAAUAUAGAUGGUCGCGUAAAAAAUAUUCAAAAUUGUUAAUCUUAAACAUAUUUGGUAAGAAAUGAUAACUACUACCUAGUCUAGCUGUGAUUGCACUCGUCAGUACUUUUAAUCUCUUCUAUAUUAUAUUUAUUUUUCAUUCUAGAACGUAAUAAAUAUGAAAUACAAAUAAUGUAAUUUUAUUUUACGUAAAUAUACAUUAUGGCAUACAA